AUGUUGGGCACAUGGAGAAUGUCGAGAAUCAAUAAUGCUGGAGAAGCAACACCACACUUGAAUCAUACAACAACUACACCAAAAAGAAUAUUGAGAAGUGAUCGAAAAUCAAAUACCAAUAAGAGAAAGAAAAAAAAAAAUUCAACAUGUUGUCGAUUUGAACAGACACCCAUUGCAAGUCUCUUUCUCACUGUUUUUAUGAGACGAAGUGUUGAAAAAUGA